AUGUUAAACUACAUACAAUUUGCAAUAACUUUAAACAUUUGCUGCUUGUUACAAUUGCUAUUUGUUGGUCGCUUAAGUGCAAAGUGUGUGAUAUUGUUAAACAGCGUUGUGCAGUGUAUUUGUGCAGUGAAUUCAAGGACACGCUCUUAAGAAGAGCAUUAUAAAGAAACAAGAGAUCACAGUCGCCGGACCCCCAUACUCGUGCAUAUAAACGACACGCUAUAUUAGGAAAUUAGGCAUAAACAACAAGCAGCAGCAUGUCCGACACGGCGUCUUCCUGCACCAGGACAAGGACAACCGGCACAGAAGCACCUCUAUGUAAACGCCGCAAAUUAGAGGAAGCCGGCGCCGAUGGGGAUGCCGGUGGAGCCUCAAUGGAACAAGAGCCAUCAAGCAUCAGCAGUAGCAGCAGCAGCAACAGCAACAACAACCACGAAAAUCACGGCAAAGAAGACGACGUUGACAUGUCGAGCGAGACAACUAGUUGUGCCAUUAAUGCCGCCGAAGUAUCGUCGUCCACUUCCGACUUGUCAAAGAAUACGACUGCCGGUGGCAUUAGCUCGUCAGCAGUGCAUAAGGAAAGUAGUGGAAUUAACAACUGUGCGUCGUCGUCGUCCACGUCCUUGUCGAACGUUAACGUUAAUUCAACUGUCAGCUCCACAAACUCCAACGUUAGCUCCACGAACAGCUCGAAUAUCUGCGGCAGAAAUAACAAUAACAACAACAACAGCAAUAAUAAUAGCAACAACAACAGUGCAGUGAUGGCUGCCAACAGCAAUAGCGGCGCCGCUGCCGGUGGUGAUAUAGACGAAUCGCUGUAUUCGCGCCAACUGUAUGUGCUUGGACAUGAUGCGAUGCGUCGCAUGGCCAAUUCGGACAUUUUGCUUUGCGGAUUGGGCGGCCUGGGUCUGGAGAUAGCCAAGAAUGUCAUUUUGGGCGGCGUUAAAUCGAUCACCCUGCAUGACACAGCAACUUGUACGCUCAACGACUUGGCCUCGCAGUUCUAUUUGACCCAAGCAGACGUUGGCAAAAAUCGUGCGGAGGCCUCCUGCGCCCAAUUGGCGGAGCUCAACAGCUAUGUGCGCACCAUUUCCCACACCGCUCCACUUACGGAGGACUUUAUGCGUCAGUUCCGUGUCAUUGUGCUGACCAAUUCAUCUGCUGCGGAGCAGGCUUCGAUUGCCAAGUUUGCACAUGAGCAGGACAUUGCCUUGAUCAUAGCCGAGACGCGUGGUCUCUUCGCUAAAGUGUUUUGUGAUUUUGGCGACAAGUUCACCGUUUACGAUCAGGAUGGUGCUCAGCCCAUAUCCACCAUGAUUGCCAGCAUAACACACGAUGCUCAGGGCGUGGUUACUUGCUUGGAUGAGACACGUCAUGGCUUCAGCGAUGGCGACCAUGUCACCUUCUCGGAGGUGCAGGGCAUGCAAGAGCUGAAUGGCUGCCAGCCCAUCAAGAUCAAUGUGCUGGGUCCUUACACCUUCAGCAUUGGCGACACUAGCAAAUUCGGUGCCUACAAGUCUGGUGGCGUGGCCACGCAGGUGAAGAUGCCCAAGACCAUAAGCUUCAAGCCGCUGGAGCAGGCAGAGAAGGAGCCUGAGUUUUUGGUCUCGGACUUUGCCAAGCUGGACGCACCAGCUACGCUGCAUGUGGCAUUCAGCCAGCUGGACAGCUAUGUGGCAGCCAACAGCAAAUUGCCGCGCCCCUGGAACAGCGCUGAUGCUGAAAAGUUUUUGGAACUUUGCAAGGCCGCGAAGAGCGAUGUGGAUGAGCAGCUGGUGCUGCAGUUUGCCAAAAUAUGUGCUGGCAACACUUGCCCCAUGGACGCUGCCGUUGGCGGCAUUGUGGCGCAGGAAGUGCUCAAGGCCUGCAGCGGCAAGUUCACGCCCAUACAUCAGUGGUUCUAUUUCGAUGCGCUCGAGUGUUUGCCCGAGGAGGGCGUCACUGAGGAGGAGGCAGCGCCUACGGGCUCGCGUUAUGAUGCACAGGUUGCCAUAUUUGGACGCAAGUUCCAAGAGAAAUUAGCUGCAGCCAAGUGGUUUAUUGUUGGCGCUGGCGCCAUUGGCUGCGAGUUGCUGAAGAACUUUGGCAUGCUUGGCUUGGGCACGGGCGCAGGUCAGAUCUACGUCACCGAUAUGGAUCUCAUUGAGAAAUCGAAUCUGAAUCGUCAGUUCCUGUUCCGUCCGCACGAUGUGCAGAAGCCCAAGGCAUUGACUGCCGCCGCUGCCAUCAAGCGCAUGAACCCGGACGUUAAGGUGACUGCCUAUGAGCUACGUGUGGGCGCCGAGACCGAAAAGGUCUUCUCCGAGAACUUCUUUGGCCAGCUGCAUGGUGUGGCCAACGCGCUGGACAAUGUCGAUGCUCGCAUCUACAUGGAUCGCAAGUGCAUUUUCAAUCGCAUACCGCUGGUGGAGACUGGCACUCUGGGUACUUUGGGCAACGUGCAGGUCAUUGUGCCAUUUGCCACCGAGUCGUAUAGCUCGUCGCAGGAUCCUCCAGAGAAGAGCAUACCCAUCUGUACGCUCAAGAACUUUCCCAAUGCCAUUGAGCACACGCUGCAAUGGGCACGUGACGCCUUCGAGGGCGUCUUCAAGCAAUCCGCCGAAAAUGCAGCUCAAUACAUCUCCGAUCCGCAGUUCACCGAGCGCAUUAUCAAGCUGCCUGGCAUUCAGCCACUGGAGAUUCUCGACUCCAUUAAGAAAGCCUUGAUCGAUGACAAGCCCAAGAGCUUUGCCGAUUGCGUGGAAUGGGCGCGUCUGCACUGGGAGGAUCAGUAUGCAAAUCAAAUCAAACAAUUGUUAUUCAAUUUCCCACCGAAUCAGGUGACCUCAAGCGGCCAGCCCUUCUGGUCGGGACCCAAACGUUGUCCCGAUCCGCUUGUCUUCGAUGUCAACGAACCAAUGCAUUUGGACUAUAUCUAUGCCGGUGCCAAUCUGCGUGCCGAGGUCUAUGGCAUACCACAAGUGCGUGAUCGUCAGCAGGUUGCUGAGAUGGUGCAGCAAGUCAAGGUGCCCGAAUUUAAGCCACGCUCUGGUGUUAAGAUUGAAACGAAUGAGGCAGCCGCUGCUGCAGCAGCUAAUAGCUAUGAUGAUGGCGAGGUGGAUCAGGAUCGUGUGGACAAGAUUAUUACAGAGCUGAUUAAGACAGCCGGCAGCCACUCGAAGAUAACACCGCUGGAGUUUGAAAAGGAUGACGAUAACAAUCUGCACAUGGACUUUAUUGUGGCCUGCUCGAAUCUGCGUGCCACCAACUAUAAGAUCACACCAGCCGAUCGCCACAAGUCCAAGCUAAUUGCUGGCAAGAUCAUACCAGCUAUAGCCACCACCACAUCGGUGCUGUCUGGCCUGGCCGUGCUGGAGGUCAUCAAGCUUAUUGCUGGCCACAGUGACUUGGCCAAGUUCAAGAAUGGCUUUGCCAAUUUGGCGCUGCCAUUUAUUGCAUUUUCGGAACCGUUGCCGGCACCCAAGAAGACUUACUACGAGAAGGAGUGGACACUGUGGGAUCGCUUUGAGGUCAAUGGGGAAAUGUCGCUGCAGGAGUUCCUCAACUACUUCGAUGAGAAGGAGAAAUUGAAGAUAACCAUGUUGUCGCAGGGCGUCUCCAUGCUGUACUCGUUCUUCAUGCCCAAGGCCAAGUGCUCCGAGCGCUUGCCGCUGCCCAUGAGCGAGGUGGUGCGUCGCGUGUCCAAGCGACGCAUCGAGUCGCAUGAGCGUUCAUUGGUAUUCGAGAUAUGCUGCAACGAUACGGACGGCGAGGAUGUGGAGGUGCCCUAUGUGCGUUAUACGCUACCCUAAGCCGUUCGAGCUCGUCGCGCUCUAAUCUUAAUUUUAACAGUUAAAUUAUUAUUUAAACAAAUCAAAAAAAUAUUUUGUCGCUUUAGGCGCUUGGAAAAAUUUAACAGUGUGAAAUGUUUGCAUUUUUAACAACACAAACACUUAAAAACAAAAGAAAAAACACCACUAAACAAAAGAGAGACCACAGAGGAGAAAACCACACUAAACAACACCAACUAACUGAUAUACAACAAAACAAGAAAAUUUAUAUUAUUAAAUAUGUAUGUGUAAUCCUUUAAGGCAAGGCAAAUGAAUUCGCAUUACACGAAAAAAAAAGAAAAUAUUAAGACUCGACUUUACUAAACAAAUGUCUGCUCAGCAUAGUUUUAACUAAAAAAUAACCAUUGUCAUGCAUUGCAAAUUCGAAAUCGAAUUCGUUUCUAAAAUUGUUCUCUUAUAUGUUUAUUACUUACUGCGCGCCCAAAACCGCCCCGCCCUAUUUUGAUAUGAAAUUAAAAUUAAAUAAUGUAUUGAAAAGCAAAGGCGUUACAAUUGAAUAAAGCUGUAUAAUUCAUUUGGUAAAAAGUCAAA